AUGCAGGUGAAACACUACAAGACGUUGACGGCCUCCCAGCCAGGCUUUGCUCGCAUUCAGUCCAUCUGCUGGUCACCAAAUAACAAGCGUCUGGCUGUUGCCGACAGCAGUCGCUUCGUUAUUCUCUACGACGAGUUCGGGGAGCGGCGUGACAGAUUCCCUACCAAACCAGCCGAUGGUAAGAGCGGGAGACCGUUCGUGGUUCGUGGCAUGGUGUUCUCCCCUGAUAGCUCCAAGAUUGCGAUAGCGCAGUCUGAUGGUAUGGUGGCCAUCUACCGCAUUGGUAUUGAGUGGGGGGAGAAGAAAGCUAUCUGCAGCAAGUUUCCGCAGAACAGUGCGGUUACAUGCGUAUGCUGGCCAAACACCUCGCAGGGUGUGGAGCUCGUUGUUUUUGGAACUCUCGACGGCAAGGUGAAAGUUGGUAUUUUAAAGGCUAACAAGUCCCAGUCACUUUAUGCGCAUGAGCACGCCGUUGUCUCGGUGGCGAGCAGCGCGGAUGGCCACAAGGUCCUCAGUGGUCACCUUGACGGCUCUGUUUACCAGUACACCUUUGAGUCGGAAGAGACAAACGAGGUGUCCGGGUCGAAGAAGAUAUUCAACCACAGUUGUGCCCCGUACGUGCUACUCUGGGGGGAGCACAUUUGCGCGGCGGGGCAGAACAGCUUCGUCACGUUCUACGACCGCAACGGGCAGAAGAUGCAAAACUUUGACUACAAGGUGGAUGAGGAAGGCGAGUUCACCGUUGGCAACUUUAAUCCCAGUGGACAGACCGUCGUCCUCGCGUGCCGCGAAAAGUUCCGCCUGCUCGACUACAACCUCCGCUCCCGUAAAUGGGAAGAGGGCGCUGUCGUGAAACUACCCAACUCAUGUGGCUUCUCCGCCAUUGCGUGGAAGCACGAUGGGAGCCGCAUCGUGACUGGAUCAGUAACAGGAGCAGUGGACAUGUUCGACACUUGCCUAAGGCGUUACCGCCUACGCGGUGCAUUUGAGUUCACAUACGUAAGCCACAAUCAAGUCAUUGUUAAGCGCCUAGCAACAGGGACACGUAUUGUGCUGCGCUCGAACUUAGGCUAUGAGGUGCAGCGUGUGAAUGUUCAUCAAGACCGCUACUUGGUGGCCUAUACAUCCACCACACUUCUCGUCGGUGACCUUAUCUCAUGCAAGCUAUCAGAGGUACCUUGGCAACUGACGGGGCGUGAGAAAUUUGUGUUUGAGAAUCCACAGGUGUGCAUGGUUUUUGCAGCAGGCGAGCUUUGUUUAAUAGAGUACGGCAAGAAUGAACUUCUCGGUACAUGUCGCACAGAGGAGCGCAAUGCUCACCGCAUUUCCGUUCGCGUACACGAACCCAAAGAUAACGGCGAAGAAGGACGACAGGAACGGAAGUUCAUUGCUUACCUCAUUGACAGACAAACAAUUCAAAUUGAUGAUCUGGGAAGUGGUAUUUCGGUUGCACGCGUACCACAUCAGUGCCGUAUUGAUUGGCUUGAGCUGAAUUACCGCGCCAAUAAGUUGCUCUUCCGAGAUAAGCAGCAUCAAUUGUUCCUCUAUGAUGUGGAGGAGCAGAGCCGUACAACGCUGCUCAACUACUGCACAUACGUCCAGUGGGUGCCAGGAAGCGAUGUUGUUGUAGCUCAGAACCGAGUGGAAUUGUGCGUUUGGUACAGUAUAGACGCCCCUGACCGUGUCGCAGUUGUCCCUAUCAAGGGCGAAGUAGAGGGCAUCGAGCGCGGAAACGGUAAAACGGAGGUGAUAGUCGACGAGGGCGUCAACACAGUUGCAUACAGUCUUGAUGAGGCACUCAUUGAAUUUGGUACCACAAUGGAGGAUCGCGAUUACAACAGAGCUUGUGACCUGUUGGACCAAAUUGCCCUUACCCCAGAGACAGAAGCAAUGUGGGCGAGCUUGGCAACUCUGGCACUGCAGGAGAUGAAGUUGCACAUUGCCCAACGUUGCUAUGCCGCCCUUGGUGACGUCGCCAAGGUGAAUGCGCUGAAUCACAUCAACGAACUCGCAGCGGCGGCGGCAAAGGCCAGCGAAGGUCUUACUGAUGGAUAUGACCACUACACCGUGCGCGCCGAACUCUUUAUGCUGAAUAAAGAGUACAGGCGGGCGGAGCAGCUUUACCUAGAGAAUGGCAAGAUUGAAGAGGCAAUGAACAUGUGGGAGGAGAUGAACCGCUUUGAUGAGAGCAUCAGUGUGGCUGAGGCCCGAGGAUGGGCGGACCUCGCAAACAAGCGUGCACACUACUACAACUGGCUAAUGGAGACUGGUCAGUUCGAAAAGGCUGGCGAGCAGAAAGAACGGGACGGUAAGUACAUCGAUGCCAUCAAUUUGUAUUUGCGUGGUGGAACACCAGCACGCGCGGCGAAUGUGGUUUCGGCAAAUAAUCUGAAACCCGAGUCGCAGCUGCUAGAGGCCAUCGCUGCGGCCCUUUUCAAGGCACAGGUGUUCGAAAAAGCCGGCGACUUUUUCGAGAAGCUCAAGAUGGACGAUCGCGCUAUACAAGCUUACACCAAGGGUCACGUGUACAGCCGUGCGGUGGAGUUCGCAAAGCGUGCACACCCUGAUCAGGUUACGGUGCUAGAGGAGGCGUGGGGUGACUAUCUCGUCUCGCAGAAACACGUGGAUCAGGCAAUUAACCACUAUAUUGAAGCGAACAAGUACAGCAAAGCCGUUAAGGCUGCCAUUGAUUCGCGCCAGUGGAGCAAGGCGACGAACAUCCUCGAGAGCCAAGCUGUGGGCGCUGACAAUGACAGUACAGUGAAGGGUUUCUACAAGAACAUUGCGCGGCACUACGAAGGGCUACAUCAAUAUGGAGACGCAGAGAAGUUUUACAUCAAGGCUGGUUCUGUCAAUGACGCAGUGGAGAUGUACAGCCGUGCGGGAAUGUCAGACCACAUGUACCGCGUGGCGCAGCGCCACCUUGCGCAGCAGCAGCUUGUUGCACUCUUUGUUGAUCAGGCAAAGCAGCUUGAGGCAAAGGGUGACUACGCUGGUGCGGAGCGUAUCUACCUAAAGGUGAAUGAACCGGAUCAGGCCAUUGUUAUGUACAAGAAGACCCGUGAUUACACCAACAUGAUCCGCCUGGUGCAAGCUUGCCGUCCGGACUACUUGCUGAAGACGCACCUCUCCCUUGCAGCACAGUUUGAAAAGGAGGGCAACUUCAAAAUGGCUGAGACACACUAUGUGGCGGGCAAAGAUUGGGGGCGGGCUGUCAACAUGUACCGUGACCGUGAGAUGUGGGAAGAUGCAGUGCGUGUCGCUAAGGUGCAUGGUGGAGCCAACGCAGCGAAGCAGGUGGUGCUCUCCCGUGCCAUGGUGGUGGAGGCGGAGGAUGGCGUGCGCCUCCUAAUGAAAUUUUCACUCGUCGACGCCGGCAUUGACGCCGCAUUGGAGGCGCAAAAGUUUGACUUGGCCCUUCAGUGGUCCCAGCUCGCGCAGCCAGCGAAGCUGCCCUACGUGUACCUCAAGUACGCCAUGCAUUACGAGGACCAAGGCGAUUUCCGCAUGGCAGAAGAUGCGUUCCUGAAGUCUGGCAAGCCGCGUGAGGCAAUUGAUAUGUACCUGCACCAACACGAGUUCGAGAACGCGAUGCGUGUGGCAGAGAAUUAUGACCAGACAGCAAUCUCAACCGUUCUCCAAGCAAACGGACGAAUUUGUUUCCAGAAGGGUAACUACCGUGAGGCGGAGACCCUCUUCAUGCGCGCCAAUGCACCGGAGGCGUUGCUGAAGAUGUACAUGGAUGGCCGCCUCUACACGGAGGCCCAACGUGUGGCGAAGGAACACUGUCCCGAGAUGCUUGGCGAGAUUGCAAAGCGCAUUGCGCUGCAGUCAAACGACCCCAAGAAGGCGGGUGCUGUGCUGGAGGAGCAUGGCGAGUACCAGAUGGCCGUAGAGACGUAUCUCGGCGCCACCCCAGAACAGGUAUCAGAUCCUAACGUUCUCGCAAAUCUAUGGGUGCGGGCAGUGAAGGUGGCACAGAAACACGACCGCAACAUGCUCAAGGGUGUCCUGCGCAUUGCCACCGGCAAACUAAAGGACGCCCAUCGCUAUGUUGAGGCGGGAAAAUGCCUGGAAGACUGUGAGGAUUACAAGGGUGCAAUUAAUAUGUACGUACAAGGCAAGAAGUUUGACCUCGCCGAGUAUCUGGCAAAGCGCAUCAGUCCCGAGUUGGAGGACCACGUCAAGCGUGCUAUUGUGCAGGACAGCAUCGAGAACGGUGGUAUGAAGGACGCCAAGGUGGUGGAGGAGAUUGACCCCGAGGCGGCGCUCAAGGCUUACAUCGCAAACAACGACUGGGAUAAUGCUGUGCGUAUGGCGAAGCAGCGGACGCUGGAAGAGAUGAAGUACGUGGCGGCGCUGCAGAUGAAGUACCACCUGAACAAAGGGGAGUUGCCCCAGGCGCUCGACGUUGUGGAGCGGCUACCACUAGACACGGGUGACUUCCGCUUCUACGAGACGUGGGUGGAUCUGGCGGAACGGCUCGUGACAAUACUACCGUUGGAGAAUGACAGCAAACUAAAGCUGGAUGGCUUUCACACUUGCCUCGUCAAUGUGACAGAGAGUAUGGCAACAUCUGGGCAAAAGCCAGAGGAUGUCACCAAGGCUAAGGCGCUCGCGCACAUCAUCCACAUCUACUACAUGGCACCCCGAAUGCGGGAGCUGUCGUUAGAUGAUUAUGCGCUGAAGCUCAUGCUCGGACUCCCGCGGUGGAUCCCGUACAUUGCGCCUGAGAAGGCCUUUUACGAUGCUGGUAUGACAGCAAAGAACGCUGGUGCAGAUGCCAUCGCGUUCCUCUACCUUAACCGCUUCCUCGACAUCUCCGAGAAGAUUGAGGAUGGCGCAACCGACAGUUCUGUUAUUGACAACACUGACUUUGAUUGCACCGACUUCCCCAAGAAGUACGCUCUGCCAAAGUCGUCGUCUGUGGACAAGGCCACAGAGGAGACGGUGAACAAGUGGGUACUCGCCAUCUCAAUUGAAAACAACUUAGAUCCCCACCUGCCUACCAUAACGGAUCCCCAGAAUCAAGUAGAGAUGUUUGAGGGCUCGCUGCAGUCACCCGCCGGUGCCACUUUCCCUGAGUGUGCGGUAACAGGAUACCCGAUCGUUGGAGGAGGCCUCACAAAGUGUCGCACCUGCCAGCGAUCGGCAAACCUAGAGGAUUGGAACCGCUAUAUUGUGCUGGGGAAGAAUUGCCCAUGGUGUGGCGGGGCUGCGUCGCCCGAUUUCAAGCUGUAG